AUGCAGAGGGAACCCGCAGGAGAGGGGGUGCGGGAACCCCCGAUGCCGACGCCUCCUUGUUCGGCAGGAACGGAUGCCUCGUCGCUGGUCGGCGCGCCAGGAAGGAAUGGUCAGACACCUGCCGGAGUGGACGCAGGGACAGCUCCAGAGGACCUCCGUGCUUGUCUCCCUUCUUCCCGAGAGCGUCGCGCCUAUUCUCCCGCCCCAAGCUCUCGAACCGAGGGCACCACUUUGGGGCCGAAAGAACAACAAUCGUUGCAGACAGAGCGCACUCGACGCAUCGGCAGCGAACAAGAUGCGCUCGGGCCGUUGCCAGCCUCCGGGUCCACUCAGGUGUCGCGACAGGACCAUCCGGCGUCUCUCCGCGUACUCCCUGAUGGACGCGGAGCGCCGCGAAUCGAAGAGAAGGAACGCGGGAGACAGACCCUCAGCAAAACGCGCUCAGGGAAGCGCGGCCUUUGCCUUGAAAAUCCCGUAGAGGGGAAACGUUCCGCUGCCUGUGGUCCAUGGGGUCUUUGGGAGACGCUUGAGUCCGUUUCCGCGUCUCCAGGUGACGAAGACGCGUGCCACAUCUAUAGAUCGUCUAGCUCGUUGCCUGAGAUCACGCCACGGCGCCAGAAAAGCGCGCCCACGCCUUCUCCGUUAUCUUCUUGCUCCUCACUGUGUUCGGCUCCUCGACCCUCUUCCUCAUCUCCUUCCUCGCCUCCUGAGCUGGCGUUGAGGGCAGAAAGAAGUUUUCCACCGCGUCUGCUGGAAAGGGCGCAUUCUGUCGGAGCAUCCGCGACGCGGGCGAGGCGCGACAGACCAGAGGGAAAUGUGGAAGAUGGACCGAAGCGCAGCUGGAAGGAGGUCGACACUAGGAAGCGGCUUCUUCACUCAAAGCGGGCGCCGUGUCGGGAGACGGAGGAAACGCCACUCCAUGGCACAGAAGCUGAGGUCUGCAGACGUUCGCUUCGAGGUAGGCAACGGGUAGCCGCGGGGUCUGGGGGCGAGGCCUCUGGAGCAGCUCGCGUGAAGAAACAACCUCUCACGACGGGCGGAUGUGCACGUGAGGAACCCGAAACGGCACGCGUUUUUUCCCCUGGACCGGAAGAGACACACGCUGACACGUCUGCCGAAGACGACGCUUCCAGCGACGAGAAAAAACCGGGGAACCCAGACCUUUCAGAAAGUUUGAAAGCCAUUCCUGUGGGUCGAGUCGCCGCCCUGAAGCAGAAGCUGGAGAGAAGGAUGGAAAGGAGAAGGCAGGUACGGAGCUGA